UGUCAUCAACUCUUCCUCCCUUACUAUAAAAAACCAUCAAACUUAACUUCAAAUUAAAACAUUAUCUCUUCCUUUCCUCUUCUACUCCAAUUUGCAUCAAGAAUUAUUUUUCUACCUUAAUUAGUUCUCACAUCUCAAAAGCUUCUACAACAAUAAUGAAGAAAGUUGUGCUAAAGUUGGAUAUACAUGAUGACAAAAUCAAGCAAAAAGCUAUGAAGGCAGUCUCUGGCCUUUCAGGGGUUGAAUCAGUUUCAGUGGACAUGAAAGACCAAAAAUUAACCUUAAUCGGAGAUAUUGAUCCGGUACGCGUAGUGGCUAAGCUAAGGAAGAUUUGCCAUGCAGACAUAGUUUCAGUUGGACCAGCUAAAGAAGAAAAGAAAGAAGAACCUAAAAAGAAGGAAGAUGAUAAGAAGGAUUCAACAAAAAAAGAAAUUGUGAUUGAUCCUUUCAUGUUCUAUGGAACACCAACAUAUGCUGCCUAUUAUAAUCAGAUUAAACCACAAUAUAAUCCUUAUUACAGGGCUGUAAGCGUUGAAGAGGAUCCUAAUGGUUGUGUCAUCAUCUAAAUUUCUUAUACUAUAUUUUGAUAAAAAGACAUUAAUCUGAAAAAAUCAAUUGUAUUUGUCUUUCUUUUUGUUUUAUCAUUUGUAAAAGUAAUAUGAGGUAUAGUGUUGAUUAUAAUACAAGGCUUGCGAGACUAUUCUUUCA